UCGAAUUCAUAACAAACCAUAAUUCACAACUGUUCUUUCUAGGAAACAACGAUUUCAAUAAUUCAAAUUUCUGGAAACGGAUAAGCGGUGCAAACAAUGUCAAUAAUGCAUAUUCAUCAGUUUUUGAAAUGUUAUCAGCACAAUUCAGUCCUAUCAAUGCAUUAAGUACAUUGCUUUUACAAGAACGUGGAACAUUUCUUAUAUUUUGAAUGUAAUCGUGACUGGGAUGUUAUAAAAUUUAAAUUAUCAUUGUAAGGUAAAGAAAAAUGUAAACUAAUUUAAUUGGUUUGAUGUACUACAGAAUUCAAUGUCGUGAAUUGAAACUGUGAAUUAUAGUUCAUACGGUGCUGCUCAGUGAACCAGGAAACACGUUUUCAGAAUUGUGCAAAAGGAUGAUAUGAGCUUUCAUCUCAGUACAAUGUUCGUACAGUGUGUGAAGGCAGCGAAUAUAGUGAAGUUUUCAAGCAAUCUACUCGGUGUAUUGUGCGAAGUAAUAUAACCAAUUUGCAGCAUGAUUCAUCUUGAAUAGCCGCAGCCAAAUCAGAAACAAUGCAAGGCUUAAGAGACGAAAUGAUGGCUUGUUCCCCACGCCCCUCGUCCAUUUCGGAGGCUCCGACGACUCCCACCACUCCGACAGCCCACCCUCAUCACCACCAUCACCUUCCCUCAUCACCAACAGUUGCAUCAUCACCACCAUUAACGACGCAACCACCAGCAUCAACACUCACCUCCCUCUGUAACAUGGCUUCUGAAACGGCGUCCCUCCACCACACGGAGGGCGCUGUAUCAACCUGCACAAGCAGCGUUCACUCUUAUCACCUUCCGAGUCACUCCUUGAAACAAUCGCCGUUUGCUGUUGACAAGCAAGCGGCGUUGGCGGUAGACAAACAUUCGGCCACGGCGGUUGACAAGCAAGCGGCGUUGGCGGCUGACAAACAAGCAGCGCUCUCGAGCAAGCUGAGACUUGCCAAGAGCUUGGCAAGCACCAGCAGUGCGCUGCCCUCGCAACAAUCUUCGUUCAGCAGCUUUAGAGCGUCACUGAUGGACGACCAGGCAUGCGGUAGCGCCUUCACUUCUCCACAAUAUUCAAUGCUGACGCCAAAAUCCCUAAUUCACGGAUUCUCACGGCAAAAUUCAGACAUGGACAUCAGUAAUAGCGGUAGAUCUUCCGUAGACGGAAGCUCUAAACUCGCCCUUGACUCAGGAGAUACCGACAUUCAUGUUAUGUCGCCAUCGCUCGUCAACAGCCAAGUUUUAUCCAAAACUCGGCCGCUUUCCCCUAUUCCCGGAGACUUGAGAAGCAGCAGCGGCAUGACAAGCUCUUGCUCCUCGGAAGUCGCCAGACCCAUGGCCCAGACCAUCGCGUUCCAGACUCUGGAGUUCCAGAGGACACCCAAGCUCGACAUGAUGAGCUUAGUGUCUCGUGAUGCAGGAUCCGACCCGCGGGAGACCCUAUCGGAUUUGCACGCAGCCACACACCCAACCAUGGGACAUCCUUCGCCGUCAGCGCUGGUAGACGGUCAUCCAUUGGAUCGCUCGCACAGCAAUUCUUCUAGUGACAGGACGGGAUGGGAGCGCCGGUCUGUUCCCCAGCGCAACUCUUGGUCGCGACGGCGUCCAGCGUCGGCCAACUUCUUGCAGGAGAAGGAGGCACUCAAGGGCAGCGUGAGGGAAAUGCUCGACUCGAACGAGAGCAUGGCGAGCCUCAGCAAUGCCGACCUCGACGGCCCGCAGCAACCGCCGGUCGAGGAGCCCAAGACCGGGAGCAGAGGACGAGGUGGACGAGGGCGACGGAGGCCGCGUCUCUUCAAGUUGAAGUUCCAUCACCAAGCUUUGCCUCCCGAGUACCUCGAUCACUACGAAGCCAGUUUACGUCAGGAGCACAAACUUCCCCCACCACCUCCGCCUCCACCAAUAACCUCAUCAGUUUCCACGGAUUUAGCAGCAGCCAAAACAGCUUCGACGCCAACGUCUCGCAAUAAAGGAAAGGGAAGUCGGGGAGGGUCGAAGACUCCUCGACCGAUAACGAUUCACGAAGCUGGACAUGGGGCUACGGAAGCGCUCUUGAGAGAGCUCCUCUUGAACCGACCACAUCUCCAGCAAGCAGCUCUACACCAAGCAGCCUUAGCAAGAGCACAGUCUGUACCAUCCAUUAUGAUGGCUUCCAGGCAUGGACUUCGAGCCACUUUGGGAAGCUCUACGCCAAGUCCUGUUCCGAGUAUUUCAGAAGAAGACUCAAAUAACACUCAUAACAGGUCUCUUGACGGGACACAGAAAAGAGAUGGCAGAAGGAGCAGGCACAGCGAUGGUUUAUCUCUCGGACAAAGCCUCAUGCGAGAUGCUUCGCCGAGACUACAUGUGGCCGGAGAUAUUAGUACAUCAUUGGGUAGUCAAUACGCGGCCAUGGAUCAGGAGAGCAUGGCAAGAAGUAGAAGUUACACAUCGCUUCUUCGUGCAGCUCUUGCAGACCAAAACGAGCCUCUGAAUCUCUGUGUUAGAGAUUCAACGCUGAAACUUGACGGGGAAGCUUGCAUUGGGAGUCAUCGAGUGAAAGAAGAGCCAAUAGGCACUUAUAAUGAUAUUCUGAGGCCGCCAUCAGCAAGUAUUCGCUCCCCCGAAACUUCAGCUAGGAGGUCUAAUGAAUCCCGGACUCCUAUGUCACCCCCGCUAGAAUACGGACCUUGGGCAGCCCCUUUGGGUCAUCAUCCGCAUUGGAUGCACGACUACAGAUUGAAAACCGAAGAUGGCUUAAGCUCUGGUCAAUCGACGCCUUCUUUGUGUUCUCAAUCAUCUCAUUUACCACCAAUUUCUCCUCCCGUUUGGCCGCAUUUUUCACCACCACCGGUUGGUUCACCUCAUCCUCACUCACCCAGUCCAAUUCACAUGACUCCUCCUCACCGAAACGUUCAUUCCCUUCUGAAAGAAUCUUUGCAUCUGAGACUGGAGGAAGCUGCUCGCGAACGACUGACUCCGAGCGAAGGAUACAUGCCAUCUCCUGAUAGGAUGUCAACUGAUACUCCAACCCCUAUCCAUCUUCCUCAAUCUACCAGAGCCCCAUCGAGAAGUGGUGUUCGGAAAAAGAGAUCGUCUAUGCAUAUGCCAUCACUUGAUCCAAAUACUGAGGUUAGCAUCUGUAAAUUUAAAUUCACUGGUGGGCCAAAUCCCAUGUUGGAAGAAAAAAAAAUGGUCAGCGUUGAUUCAGCGGGAACAAUGCGAUAUUUCAACGGAGGUGAGCGCGGCAUUUCGAGAGACCAUCGGACAACAGCAUCUCAAUUACGAUUAUCAGGCAAGUUUUUAGGUCAUAUAUCCAAAAAUGAAAAAGAUAACAAGAAGAUAAGGUUGGAGUCGCAUGAGCUAGCACCUGAGUCAUUGGUGAGUCAGUCCAGCUCAAGCCUCGCUGCAAGUCACAGCUCACUGGAGCCAGCUGUGGACAGCCGGCACCAACUAAAUCAGGUCGAAGAUUCACCAAAAAGGAAACGACGUUCCAAAAAGGCAUCGGUUCGGGAGCGUUUCGAGCAAACUUUACGGGAGCGUGGGCUUCUCAUUCAAACCCAGCAAGUAGAGUCGGCUGAAGGAGCUACCUAUUGUAAAUUUCGGCAAUUAAGAAAAAUUACUCGGUACUUAUUCCGAAGUUGGAAAGAUUAUUUGCCGGGUCAAUUACCUGAGGAAGGAGCGUUGCCUGCUGAUCAGAGGUACACUCCACCGACUGCCGGAGAAGUCCAGGAGCAAGAUCCUCGUUAUGCGCCGACGCCACGAUAGGCUGUUGCCUUGAUGCGGAUGAAAACGAAGACAAAAUUCACAGUCGCUCCGAUUCUGCACUAUGGUUUAAAAUAUAUUUGUGAUUUAUAAGAUUUAAUUGAAUGAAAAUUUGUUGUUUCUAUAAAUAUUAGUUCAAUAUUCACGGCAAAAGCGGGAUAUGAUGAGAGAACCGAAUACCAAUAUUCAAUAAACGACUUUUAGAUAAACCUGACUGUAUUAGUCUAUGUCGAUACUCGGGCAACAAACGUGGGGACGUUGCAGAAUGGCUUACUUAAAAGUGCUGGUUUUCAUUUCGACAAAACUGGCAGCUUGAUGCACUGAAGUACAGUACAACAUUUCAUAAUUAAACGCGUAGCUUGCUUCGGUUAUUUUAUAUCUUUUCUUACUUUCUCUUACGUUUUGAUCUCAUGCUUUGAAGAGGAAAUGCAAAUUAUUUGUCAAUGUUGGGUACACUUAAAUUAAUAUCAGUCUAGUUAUAGCUCAUCUUAUUUUAACGUCACUUCAAUGCAAGAAAAACGUCUUCAGCUUGCAAACAUUUUUAAUAUGAGAGCUAGUAUUCGAACUCAAUUCACUUCUAUGAUAGACAUAACAUAAUAUUAAAUUCCCGUGACUCACAAUUGACUCUGAAAUAUAAAACGUUAAUUGCUCUAAACUAAAAUAAAUCUUUCGCGUGUCUGUGAGAAGACUUAUUGUGUCUGUAGGGGAGACUGUAAAGUACUAGCGAUCGUAAAAGGGACAUUACCCUCACUCAACAAGCUUUAGAUUUAAUUAUAGUUUGAUCAUUAAUGAAUAAUGCAGUGCUAAAGGUAAUCAUUAUGUAAAUGUAGGAUAUGAUGUAAAACUUGAAAUACUCUAUAUUCAUGGUAUGUAUAAAAAGGAUAUCUGCAUGUCUCGUCUAUAGAUUUGUAACCAAACUAAAACUUCCUUGUAACUUAUUAACUACUCCUUAAUAACUAAUUAUUAAUUUAUUGUUGCAAUUUAUUGUUUAGAAAACGUCGCAAAGUAAGAAUAUUUUUUGAAUAAUCCAUUUAAAAUUGAAAGUACUUGUAUACACUGAGAAGUAACAUUGGUUUUACGAUGAAGCACAACUUCUUGGCGAGUUUGUCUACCACUUUGGUCGCAACCCUUACAAAGUUUAGAGUCGCCCCAGCUUCUGGUACUCCAAAUCAGAAGCUGACGCGUCUGUAAAUUUUCACUGGGAAUGAGCAAAAUCUCUACCACAUCUUAGCUUAUUCGUUAAGAGUAGGAUACGAGGGCAUUGCUAAUCGAAAAGUUUAUAAUUAAAACUUUCUGCGACUUUAUGAAUCUUUCAAUAGAAGCUAACAAAUAUCUCGCUAUUGAUCUGAAUUAUAACCAGUUCAAAGGAGAGUACAUGGAGGAAAAUGAGAGUUUCCAUUUAUGCACAAUUUUUAGUAUGUUAUAUUCGUGAUCUUCGCUGAAUUGCAGUUAAAGCGUCGUCAGCACCCAAUGAGUAAUCUCCAAAGUGAAAUAAGCAAAACUUUAUUUUCAUGAAUAAUCCAAUACCCAAAAGCUCUUACAACGAUCGCAAAUUAAAAUAUAUUGUUAAACUUUGGUCAUACUAAUUUAAAAUAAAUGGUAAUGAGGGGGUGGGUGGAUGCCCAAUAUGGUUCGGAAUCUUGCCUCCAGUUCUGAGCGGAAUAAUUCGAUAGAGAAAAAAUUGCUGAUAGUUUCUAAUGUUUUCCUAUAAAUGCAGAUAUUUUGAAUGUGGGACGGUUUUGGCACGCAACCCUGGUUGUUGAUUACAUGGUUGAUUUAGUACAUCCAUGAUUAUUUCACUCUGACGCUAAUUUGUGAAGAAAGAAAAAAUAAAAAUAAACGAAGUUAAUAUCGA